AUGGAAAGACGGACAUUAGUAAUUGUAUGUAAUAUCGCAAGUAGCAUUUGUCUCAUCAUAAUUGCUGUAAUUACUGAAGGCAUCGGAUCGAUCAUUACAGGCUGCUUAGGUAUUCUCUUUAGCUUCAUGGCCUUCAUUGUUGAAUAUUUGUACUGUUUGGAAAUGUUUCCGACAUCAGUACGAAACAGUGCCAUAGGAAUAUCAUCAAUGAUGGCUAGACUGGGUUCCAUGAUAGCACCAUUCGUUGCAAGCUUUCGCAAUUAUGGAAAAUGGUGUGCUCCAGUUGCAUUUGGCUUGCUCCCGAUGAUUGCGGCCUUUUUGUGCAUAUACUUGCCAGAGACCAAAGACAUCGAAUUACUUAUGACAAUAGAAGAAGGUGAAGCGUUACGGCAUAAAUCUUUUACACAGUUUCGAAAACGCGCAAGUUCUACACUAGAAAAUACGAAU